UAUGAAUGAGUCGGCUAAUACAAAAUUGAUAAUGUUAAUAUGAAUUAUAAAGACAGUAAGAUGAACUUAAAGUUGAACAAUGAGGUUCGACCGGAAACGAGGGUGAAGGUUAAAAAAAAUCCAGCAACUAUUAAGGAAGAGCGGCAGCGUACUGGACGGUACAUUGCGAUCCUAGUGGGCAUAAGCUUAUUUCUCCUGGCGAUAUACCACGCGUGGGUGCGGAAGAUCCCAGUUGUUGCCAGCCUAGUCGUGCCCGCGCUCAUUAUGUUCAUUUACGUGGGAUGGGUUCUGUAUUCUGCCAACAGGGAGAAGCAUAGGCGCCUUGAUUUGGAAGCAGCAAUCACCGCAAACCAUUUGAGAGAAAAACAAGAAGCUUUAGCUGCUGAACAGGCUACGAGGGAGGAACACUCUAGUGGGAAGAGCACUCCUCGACCACAGUCCCCUAACGGCUCAGUGCAUAAGGAUUUAUCCAGGGUACCUUCCAAAGUGAGCCAAAAGAGCAACGUAGCGGAUGAAAGUCAUCGUUUCAUCAAACCUAUCAUCUUAGUCAAUGACAGACCCCCGGAUGAUUCUGAUGAUAAGUGGACGCAACUUGUGGACGUGAUUUCACAAAGUGAAAAGUAUAAAUCGAUUACGUGUAGAAAGAAAUUUAAGCGAAAGUUCUGUAGAAGUAAGCGUAUUACGUUUAAAAGAUCUUACUCGAUAGCGUGACAUGUGCCAAUUAAAUUAGUGACGUUGUC